CAUGUCCGAAUCCUGGAGGUCGCGUUGAAGAAAGAGAGGGAGAAAUCGAGCAAGCUGGCUGCAGGGGAGAAGAUCGAACCCAGUGUCGACCCCAAAGAAGUUGCUAAGAAGAGUCUCAAGGCUCUGGAAAAGAGUAUAAAACUUGAUCCUUCCACGUUCGCUGUUUGAUUGCUUUUCUAAUGCGCGUUUACAUAUAGAACAACCGAAACCAUCCUCCGGUCUUGAUAAUUACGCCGACGAUGAGGAAUCCAACAGCCCUGACGCCCAACACGAAAACGAACGGGACAAAUCUAGGCUCUACCUUGGGAAAUGCACGCAAGAAGUUGCUUACCAUGUCAUCCCCGGAUCUCAUCCACCCCCGGAAAUAAACGAACAGGACCUGUUGAAUCAUGACUACCAACAACAUCAUAUGCAACGGCAACCAUUGGACAGUGGUUAUAUUCAGGAGCACCAACGGCAGCAGCAACAAUCUGUGCCACAGCAAAAGCAACAAUUAGUCCCAGCACAGCCUCAAUUGAAUCAUGUGAGCAUGGUUCGAGAACCAGAAGGCUCCCAAAUGAUGAUGCCAACGUAUAACGAAAACGGUGCCCAGGGUUCGGCUCAACGGGAGUUCCUUGAUAGGAGGCCCCAGGAGCCGCAACGAGCAAACGAAACCACGCAGGAAGAGCGCAACUCCAACUAUGAAUUCCCUCCCAAGACCGAAGAACCCUCACAAACUGAGAGCAAGUCUCCAGAAGCAUUUUCAGGAAAGGAAGAUUUUGGGAAGCCACCAACAACUAAUGAUAUCAUCGUUGAUGAAGCCGAUGGUUGGAAUUUCGAUGAAGCGCCCUCGACCGAGCCCACCCCGGCUCCUGUUACUCGCCGCCCCGACACAGAUGCUUUCCCCAGUGCAAAUUUCAUUCCUCCAAAGUCUCCCACCCGUGGACGUGGAUCCAGGAGAAAAAGUUCUGGAGGGAGAAGACGAAGUGAUGGCAACCCUGACGUCCGUGAGCUUUCUGGAUCUGCUGGUCCAAAGGCAGAUACAACUAACUUCAAAGUACGGUUUGCUUUACGCGGACACUUGGAUGUAGUUCGAUCCGUGAUAUUUACCGGCGGUGGAAGUCCCUCCGAGCCUGAAAUCUGCACCUGUGGUGACGAUGGAACUGUCAAGCGAUGGAUAAUACCCGCAACAUACGGCGUCUUCGGCUCCAAUGUUGCGGCUCCAGGGUCAGAUCUUGAUGUUACGAGCUACUUUACUCACCGUGGGCACAACGGCUCUGUCGCUACACUUGCUGCCUGUCCGCCAUCUCAAAACUUCUCCAGCGGUGGUCGUGCUACUGGCGAUGGCUGGGUGUUCUCUGGUGGACAAGAUGGGUGUGUUAAGGUCUGGGAGCGAGGCAGAGUCGACCCCAAGGCUACCUUAGAUGGCCAUAAAGAUGCCGUCUGGACUGUUUGCGUUCUUCCAGGCACGUCAAAGUCAGUAUUCGGUGAUCAGUGCAACGCCAAUGGUGGCCCUGACCGUGUGCUUCUUGCUUCUGGAGCUGCCGAUGGCAGGAUAUUGAUAUGGGCUAUAAGCGCGCCGCCCCAACUCUCUUCACCCCAGACUAGCUCUAGAAGAAGCGCUGGUGGGAGCAGGCGUGCUAACUCCAUUUCCUCAGGCUCCAAUUUCCCUACUUCUCCUCAACCCAGCACUGCCAGUUCGACUGCAUUCAACUACACACUGGUCCAUCAGAUUGUGAGAAACGAUAUUGCCCCUACCUGUAUCAGCCCAUUGUCAUUGGCGGGAGUCAACUUUGUUGUUUCCUACGCAGAUGCUUCUAUUCUAGUCUAUGAUACCCGGACGGGAGAGGAGAUUGUGGGUAUGGCAAGCCUUGAGACGUAUGACGGCACUCGAGCCACUGGUGUCAAUGCCGUUGUUGCUAGCACCAUUGGUUUCGACGGUACAGCUAGCCUGGACCCUAACCGAGCCAUUUCGGAAGAAGAGUCUGUUGUCCAUGGCGCUACGGGCACAAGCGGUGGUGUCGAAGGUGUUGUCAUCAGUGGUUACGAAGACCGUUAUAUCAGAUUUUUCGACGCUAACAGCGGUCAAUGCACAUACACAAUGUUAGCGCAUCCAGCAGCAAUCUCCUCUCUUUCGCGGUCGCCAGAUGGACGAGAGCUUGUCUCUGCUGGUCAUGACGCAAGUUUACGAUUUUGGUCCCUAGAAAAACGAAGUUGCACGCAAGAAAUCACGAGCCAUAGACUAAUGCGAGGCGAGGGUGUCUGUUCGGUCGUCUGGAGUCAAGACGGAAGAUGGGUUGCUAGCGGUGGCGGUGACGGCGUCGUCAAGGUAUUUUCAAGAUAAAUAUCAACAUCACCGCCGCGACGUGAAGAUUACUCCGAACGAAAAAGGCCCCCGCCCACCAUGAUAUACAUUUGUCUUUCAUCUACCCUCUAUCCCUAUAAUGAGACUUCUGAAUUCCUUUGAGUGGGCAUAUUCGACUUGGGUUUCUCCUUUGCAAACCUGCGAAGGUAGUCUUCUUGUUCUGAUGAUACCCCUUCAUUUGCUCACAAUCCUUCUUUACACUAUUAUUAUUAUAAGAUAUGGGCGUUUGUAUUCAUCCAUGCGCUGAAUCUCUUCUUGAGCCAUGUUUAUCCCACGGCUUGGAGGAUACGAUUUGUCGCCUCCCUUUUCUCCUUUAAGAUACGUACUUAAUGCUUUUCCUUUCCAUUUUUUUUUUUUUU